GCCUCCCCCCCAGAUUUCCCGCCAGCAGGCGCCGCGCGGUGGAUGCGGUCCCUCUGGUCGCUCGCUCCGACGAGAGCAGUUGGGCCUCGCCGUCUGUCGCCAUGUCGCGACAGAGCACGCUGUACAGCUUCUUCCCCAAGUCUCCCGCGGGGCUGAGUAAUGCCGGCAAGGCCUCGGUCAAGGCCUCAGGUGAAGGCGGCGCCGCCGCUGCCGCCGGGGCCUCCCCUUCCCCCAGCGAGGAGGUGGCCCGGAGCGAGGUCGGGCCUGGGCGCUCCGCGUCGCCGUCCGAGGCGAGGAACCUCAACGGAGGGCUGCGGAGGUCGACAACUCCUGCGGUUUCCUCCAGUUCUUGUGACUUCUCACCAGGUGAUUUGGUUUGGGCCAAGAUGGAGGGUUAUCCCUGGUGGCCUUGCUUGGUUUACAACCACCCUUUUGAUGGAACAUUCAUCCGUGAGAAAGGGAAGUCUGCCCGAGUUCAUGUACAGUUUUUUGAUGACAGCCCAACAAGGGGAUGGGUUAGCAGAAGGCUAUUGAAGCCAUAUACAGGUUCAAAAUCAAAGGAAGCCCAGAAAGGAGGUCAUUUUUACAGUGCAAAGCCUGAAAUACUCAGAGCAAUGCAACGUGCAGAUGAAGCCUUGACUAAAGAUAAGAUUAAGAGGCUUGAAUUGGCAGUGUGUGAUGAGCCCUCAGAACCAGAGGAGGAAGAAAUGGAGGUAGGUGCAACUUAUCCAUCAGAUAAGAAUGAAGAAGAUAAUGAAAUUGAGAGUGAAGAGGAAGUGCGGCCUAAGGUGCAAGGAUCUAGGCGAAGUAGCCGCCAAAUUAAAAAACGGAGAGUCAUAUCAGACUCUGAGAGUGACAACGGUGGCUCUGAUGUGGAAUUCAAGCCAGAUGCUAAGGAGGAAGGAAGCAGUGAUGAAAUAAGCAGUGGAGUGGGGGAUAGUGACAGUGAAGGCCUGCAUAGCUUUGCCAAAGUUGCUCCAAAGCGGAAGAGAAUGGUGACUGGAAACGGCUCUCUUAAAAGGAAAAGUUCAAGGAAGGAAAUGCCCCCCGUCAGUAAACGAGCAACUGGCAUUUCCUCAGAAACCAGGAGUACUCUGUGUGCUUUCUCUGCCCCUCAAAAUUCUGAAUCCCUAGCCCACAUUAGUGGAAGAUGUGAUGAUAAUAGUCGCCCAGCUGUCUGGUAUCAUGAAACUUUAGAAUGGCUCAAGGAGGAAAAGAGAAGAGAUGUGCACAGGAGGCGACCCGAUCAUCCAGAUUUUGAUGCAUCUACACUCUAUGUGCCUGAGGAUUUCCUUAAUUCCUGUACUCCUGGGAUGAAGAAGUGGUGGCAGAUUAAGUCUCAGAACUUUGAUCUUGUUAUAUUUUAUAAGGUGGGGAAGUUUUAUGAGCUGUACCACAUGGAUGCUCUUACUGGAGUCAGUGAACUAGGGCUGGUAUUCAUGAAAGGCAACUGGGCCCAUUCUGGUUUCCCUGAAAUUGCAUUUGGCCGAUACUCAGAUUCUCUGGUUCAGAAGGGUUAUAAAGUAGCACGGGUGGAACAGACUGAGACCCCAGAAAUGAUGGAGGCAAGAUGCCGAAAGAUGGCACAUAUAUCUAAGCAUGAUAGAGUGGUGAGGAGGGAGAUUUGUAGGAUCAUUACUAAGGGUACACAGACGUACAGUGUGCUGGAAGGUGACCCCUCUGAGAACUACAGUAAGUAUCUUCUUAGCCUUAAAGAAAAAGAGGAAGAUACUUCUGGCCACACUCGAGUAUAUGGUGUAUGCUUUGUUGAUGCCUCACUGGGAAAGUUUUUCAUAGGUCAGUUUUCAGAUGAUCGCCAUUGCUCAAGGUUUAGGACUCUUGUGGCACAUUAUCCUCCAGUACAAGUAUUGUUUGAGAGAGGAAAUCUCUCAACAGAAACCAAGAUGAUCCUGAAGGGUUCAUUAUCCUCUUCUCUUCAGGAAGGUCUGAUACCAGGCUCCCAGUUUUGGGAUGCAGCCAAAACUUUGAGAACUCUUCUUGAAGAAGAAUAUUUUAAAGAAAAGUUAAAUGAGGACAGUGGGGUGGUAUUACCCCAUGUGCUUAAAGGUAUGACUUCAGAGUCUGAUUCUCUUGGGUUGACACCAGGAGAGAAGAGUGAAUUGGCCCUCUCUGCUCUAGGUGGUUGUGUCUUCUACCUCAAAAAAUGCCUUAUCGAUCAGGAGCUUUUAUCAAUGGCUAAUUUUGAAGAAUAUAUUCCCUUGGAUUCUGACAUGGUCAGUGUUAAAAGACCUGAUGCUGUUUUUUCUAAAGUCAAUCAACGAAUGGUGCUAGAUUCUGUGACAUUAAACAACUUGGAGAUUUUUCUGAAUGGAACAAACGGUUCUACUGAAGGUACCCUACUAGAGAAGAUUGAUACUUGCCAUACUCCUUUUGGUAAGCGGCUCCUAAAGCAGUGGCUGUGUGCCCCACUGUGUAACCCUUUUGCUAUCAAUGAUCGUUUAGAUGCUAUCGAAGACCUAAUGUUUGUGCCUGACAAAAUCACUGAGGUUGUAGAUCUUUUAAAGAAGCUUCCAGACCUUGAGAGGCUAUUGAGUAAAAUUCAUAAUGUUGGGUCUCCGUUGAAGAGCCAGAACCACCCAGAUAGCAGGGCUAUAAUGUAUGAAGAAACUACAUACAGUAAAAAAAAGAUUAUUGAUUUCCUUUCUGCUCUGGAAGGAUUCAAAGUAAUAUGUAAAAUUAUAGGGAUUAUGGAAGAAGUCAUUGAUGACUUUAAGUCUAAAAUUCUUAAGCAGGUCAUUACUCUGCGGACAAAAAAUCCUGAAGGUCAUUUUCCUGAUUUAACUGUAGAACUGAACCGAUGGGAUACAGCCUUUGACCAUGAAAAGGCUAGAAAGACUGGAGUGAUUACUCCCAAAGUAGGAUUUGACUCUGAUUAUGACCAAGCUCUUGCUGACAUAAAAGAAAAUGAGCAGAGCCUCUUGGAAUACUUGGAGAAACAGCGCAGUCGAAUUGGCUGUAGAACCAUAGUCUAUUGGGGAAUUGGUAGGAACCGUUACCAGUUGGAAAUUCCAGAGAAUUUCACCACCCGUAAUUUGCCAGAAGAAUAUGAGUUGAAAUCCACCAAGAAGGGCUGUAAACGAUACUGGACCAAAACUAUUGAGAAGAAGUUGGCUAAUUUGAUAAAUGCGGAAGAACGGAGAGACGUAUCAUUGAAGGACUGCAUGCGACGACUAUUCUAUAACUUUGAUAAAAAUUACAAGAAUUGGCAGGCUGCUGUAGAAUGCAUCGCAGUGUUGGAUGUCUUAUUGUGCCUGGCUAACUAUAGUCGAGGGGGUGAUGGUCCUAUGUGUCGUCCAGUAGUUCUAUUACCAAAAGAAGACACUCCUGUCUUCUUAGACCUUAAAGGGUCCCGUCAUCCCUGCAUUACGAAGACUUUUUUUGGAGAUGACUUUAUUCCUAAUGACAUUCUAAUAGGCUGUGAGGAGAAAGAGGAAGAAAAUGGCAAAGCUUCUUGUGUGCUUGUUACUGGACCUAACAUGGGAGGCAAGUCUACACUCAUGAGACAGGCUGGCCUAUUAGUUGUAAUUGCCCAGAUGGGUUGUUACGUACCUGCUGAAGUGUGUAGGCUUACACCAAUUGAUCGAGUGUUUACUAGACUUGGUGCCUCAGACAGAAUAAUGUCAGGUGAAAGUACAUUUUUUGUUGAAUUGAGUGAAACUGCCAGUAUACUUACACAUGCAACAGCACAUUCUCUGGUGCUGGUGGAUGAAUUAGGAAGAGGUACUGCAACAUUUGAUGGAACAGCAAUAGCAAGUGCAGUUGUUAAAGAACUUGCUGAGAAUAUAAAGUGUCGUACAUUGUUUUCUACCCACUAUCAUUCAUUAGUUGAAGAUUAUUCUCAAAACGUUGCAGUGCGCUUAGGACACAUGGCAUGCAUGGUAGAAAAUGAAUGUGAAGAUCCCAGUCAAGAGACUAUUACCUUCCUUUAUAAAUUCAUUAAGGGAGCUUGUCCUAAAAGCUAUGGCUUCAAUGCAGCAAGGCUUGCUAAUCUUCCAGAGGAGGUUAUUCAAAAGGGACAUAGAAAAGCAAGAGAAUUUGAGAAGACGACUCAUUCACUAAGAUUAUUUCGGGAAGUUUGCCUGGCUAGUGAAAGGUCGACUCUAGAUGCUGAAGCUGUCCAUAAGUUGCUGACUUUGAUUGAGGAAUUAUAGACUACAACAGAAGCUUUGAGUUGGCUUUUUUGACAAAGGUGGUAAAUUCAGACAACAUUAUGAUCUAAUAAACUUUAUUUUUUAAAAAUGACCAUUUUUCCAUUUUCUUUCUAGGAAAUUAAACCCUUUUAAUUCUUACCUACCUUCUACAUAAUGGUUAUUGAAUACUUCACAAUAUAUUAAGUCUAGAUGUUAUGGUACAUGCAUACACUUUCAGGCUGUUUAUACCCACUGUCACCAAUACACAUAAAUGGGGGAGGGAAGCUAUGAAACUGUAUAGGGCUGUAUAUAUACUUGUCUCAGCUUAAUGCAGGAAAUUGUUUUAAUUUCCAGCAGUUUGUCUAAACUGUUCAAAAAAAAAACAAAAA